CUGGUAGAUAUUUAUUCACUGAAGACCAAUUCAGGAUCAUCUAAAGAGACAAAAGCUCUGGCAUUUAAGCAGGCAUUCAUUUCUAACUGUGGUGCAGCUGAUAUUGGUUUCUACCAUCUGCUUUCCUAUUGCAGCCUGCUUCUCCAACCUGCACAGCAAAAAAAAUAAAAAAAUUAAAUUUUCUGGACUGCUAAAGUCAUUCACAUUUAUCCUGCAUGGCAAUGAAUUCUCAUACAUUUUAAGGAAGCUUUUGUGCUUCAGUGCACAUCCCUACAACAAACGAAGUGCAUGGGGAAAGAGCUUGAGCCGUCAGUCAGUGAGUAGUAUAGUAGCUGGCUCACAUGCAUGGAGUAGACUUGUGAGGUCAGAAGAGCUGUUUAUAGUGCUGUAUGCUUAGGGGGAGAAAGAGAGUGGAUUUGUCUAUCAAAGUGAAUAGCAAUUCAACCAGAAGCUUUCCUUAGAAUUCCUUGUAAUUCUGAAAUGUUUUGAUAGAUGAGAGCUGCUCCUGUAUAACGUGUGGCUCCUCUGGCGUUUGUAGUGGACUAAGGAAUGCUUUUACUUGCUGCUGAGCCUGACUGUAACUGUGUUGCUGUAGGACAAUUACCAUGGGGGCUAGAGCUACCGAAACAGCCCGGGAACUGGAAGGCACCUCUUUAAAGUACCAAAUAGGAGGACACACUGAGAAAAUGUGGCAACGACUCAAAGGAAUAUUAAGAUGCCUGGUCAAGCAACUGGAGAAAGGUGAUGUUAAUGUGGUGGAUUUAAAAAAGAAUAUUGAAUAUGCAGCAUCUGUGUUGGAAGCAGUUUAUAUUGAUGAAACCAGGAGACUUUUGGAUACUGAAGAUGAACUUUCUGACAUCCAAUCCGAUUCAGUCCCACUGGAAGUACGGGACUGGCUGGCUUCUACCUUCACGAGGAAAAUGGGGAUGACGAAAAGGAGACCCGAAGAAAAGCCAAAAUUUCGAAGCAUCGUACAUGCUGUACAGGCUGGGAUAUUUGUAGAAAGGAUGUACCGAAGGACCUCUAACAUGGUUGGUUUGGCAUACCCAGCAGAAGUGAUAGUAACAUUUAAGGAUGUUGAUAAAUGGUCAUUUGAUGUGUUUGCCCUAAAUGAAGCAAGUGGAGAGCACAGUCUGAAAUUCAUGAUGUAUGAGCUGUUCACCAGAUAUGACCUUAUGAGCCGUUUCAAGAUCCCUGUGCCCAGUCUUAUUUCAUUUGCAGAAGCUUUGGAGGUUGGUUACAGCAAGUACAAAAAUCCAUACCACAAUCUGAUCCAUGCAGCUGAUGUUACUCAAACCGUGCAUUACAUAAUGCUUCAUACUGGUAUCAUGCACUGGCUCACAGAACUGGAAAUCUUAGCUAUGAUCUUUGCAGCUGCAGUCCAUGAUUAUGAGCAUACUGGGACCACAAACAAUUUCCAUAUUCAGACAAGGUCAGAUGUUGCAAUUUUGUACAAUGAUCGUUCUGUUCUUGAAAAUCAUCAUGUGAGUGCUGCUUACAGACUUAUGCAAGAGGAUGAAAUGAACAUUCUGGCAAAUUUAACCAAAGAUGACUGGAGGGAACUGCGUAGCCUGGUCAUUGAGAUGGUCUUGUCAACAGAUAUGUCAGGACAUUUCCAGCAAAUUAAAACAAUGCGACAUACUCUGCAGCAAACAGAGGGGAUAGACAAAGCCAAAGCAAUGUCUUUGAUUCUACAUGCAGCAGACAUAAGCCAUCCAGCAAAAUCUUGGGAACUGCACUACCGGUGGACAACGGCACUGAUGGAAGAAUUUUUUCGACAGGGAGACAAGGAGGCUGCUUUAGGUCUACCAUUUUCCCCCCUCUGUGACCGCAAAUCUACCAUGGUGGCUCAGUCCCAAAUAGGUUUCAUUGAUUUCAUAGUAGAGCCCACGUUUUCUCUUCUAACGGACUCAAUGGAGAAAAUUAUUAUUCCUCUUAUAGAGGAAGCUUCAAAGUCUGAAAGUUCUGCCUUUGGGGCACCCAGCCAGCAUAGCUUGGGAGGAGUAAGCAAUGCUGAUGUGCAAAGAAGACCCAGUGUUAAAAGUACUACAAGUGAUGGAGGGACUUCCACAGACAAUUCUUUAGCAACAGUAGACCUAUCAAGCUUUAAGGAAAACUUGGUGCAGAUCAUUCAAGAAAACAAAGGAAGAUGGAAAGAGUUAGCUGUGCAAGAAGAACUUGUGAGAAAUGUUGGUGAACAGCAAAAAGACCAAAGCAGAAAACCCGCAGAUGCACAAUUACAGGAGGAAAUAACCAGGACACAAAAUGAGAGUAGUCAGGGAAGCGAUGACACGCCUUUACCAAGAAGCGUCACUCCCAGUUCCUUCGUCCUACAAGUUAUAACUUUCGACUGUCCUCCUAGCGCAUCCAGCUCGGAGAAAUUCACUAACUCUGAUCCAAACCAGAAAGAUCUCACCGAGGCACAGCAAGAAACACAGCCCACUGACCCAUUGAAUGGUGAGCCCAAACACUGUCAAAAAUCAGAAGAUAUAGUAAAAGCCACUGAACAAAAACACGCUGUGAUACACAACUAGAUUUGCUACUUCUUAAACGCUUCAGACAUUUUAGUCAUGAGAGGAAAAAUAGAACAGCACUACAAGUUCCUAAUUCAGCUUUCUGUGAGGCUGUCAUCUCCUCUAUCUACUCGUUCUUGGACCAUGCCAUUUUUAUGGACAACCAUUGGACAAAAUAAUGAUAGUAAAAACCAUAAAAUCCUGAGCUGGUAACUCAAGGCACUUAAAAACUCUCAAGGUUUCAGAUGUAUUUGUAACUGUUUUAUUUCCUCUUCUAUUUUGCCUUCUUAAACCUAGCCGAAUACUUUUUCAGCCAAAACUUGGACUUCAUUUUAUUCGCAUCACUGAAACCAGUCAUUGCCAAAUGAGCAUGAGAUACAUGUUGAAAUAUAAGGCACUUAUCAUUUGCACUGCUGGUAACCUUGAUCUACAUCCAACGGAAAUGGAAAGCCAAAAUGAAACUGCCACAGACAAUCGUUUAUGCAUUCGCAAUGUCAGAUUUCUUAAAAUGUUUGGAAACAAAUUAGAAUGUAGACUGUACAGAGAAAUAUUAAUGUUGUACUAAGCAUCCCAUAUGAACAAUCAAUGUAUCCUGAUGCUGUGGCUGCAAUUUGGAGAAAAUGUGGUGUUUAAUGAAACCCGCCUUUGAAAUAUCGGUUGUAAACCUGUUAAGUAAUUGUCAAUGCUAAGAUCAAAAUAUUCUAAUGGUGUUCAGUAGGACCUUGGAAGUGAAGUCACACCUGCCAUGGAGUUAGGUGUAUAUUGUUUGAGAUCACGGCAGAGGAAAUAGAUACAAGAAUGUUCAAGUGACACAUUGGCUUCACGUAAGAAAAAACAUGUAUAAAUAGUGUUUCAGAUGGUAUUGUGGCCCCUUACACUGAGCAGGAAGGGAAAAUUUGGAGCCUUGUGGGUGAUUCUGUUCAUAUGAAAACUCAGUGACAAGAAGUCAGGAUAAUCCAUGCUGUAUUUGGUUUAUUUCCACAAAUAUUCAUACAAUCCUGUUUUCCCGAGCAGCAGUAGAAACAUACAGCAAUCAGGCAGUUAGUUUCCAGCCAGCACAGUGCCCAAGGGGAGGCUCCCUCCCUGCCUCAGCUUCCUUCCAGGGUCACAUGACUACUUCUCCUAUCUCACUCCCUCUAACUCUCACAAUCUGCAAUCAACUGCUCGCCCCUGCAUCUGGAAUCUAAAGGGAAACCCUGUAGCUCCACACUGCCCUCUGGGUUGCAUGUUCUGAGCAGAUGGCUUAGGCCAUUAAACUUACAAGACUCCUUUAACAGGCCUUUGGGUGGUGACCUCCACAACCAACAACCCUUCAUAAGCAGCCACUCGUCCUUUUCACAACAUUAUUCAGUGGGUGUGAAAUUCACUCCUGUCUAGAUGACCAAAAUAAGACCAAUGUACUAUUUAUUUUGGGACCCUAAGUGGGACUAAAGUGGAGCAUAGGCCUCAUACUGGUCCUCAGCAAGGUGAAUUUCACCCGGGUUGAAUAAGGACUAAUGCAAUAAUCACAAUUAUGUUGAUUUUCACUUGUGUCUUUAUUUUUUGACUCUGCCUCUUUUUUGGCCUGCACACAUCUGAGCAAUUGUGAUUGAACUGGGUAUAUUUCAAGCUCUCGAUAUUGGGGUUAAAGGAUUUCCAAAAGGUGGAACUCAUGUCAUUCAACCCAUAAGCCAUAUAUUCACUAUGCAUAUUUAGUGUGCAUAGUUUUAAUUUAAGAAAUAUUUGUGCAUAGAGGGUGUAAAAAGUGCAUUUAAAAUGUUUUUGAAUCCAGUCCAGAGCUUGUAUUUAGCAUGGACUUUCUGUACAGUGCAAAUAACAAAUGAAAUGUUAACAUGAAAUUGUAUUAUAUACAUUAUAACAUAACUGUUUUUUUGGGGGGUGGCGUGUUUUUUUUUUUCUGAGUUAAGGAUUUAUAUAUAUACUCUGCUAGAGUUUGGGCAGAUCAUUAGAUACCUGAAUCACUCAUUUGUACCUUCUCAUUCUUUCAUUGAAUGUUUUUUGCCUCCUCUUAUAAUAUACUAUAAAUAAUCUAAUGGUUCCUUAGAGCCAUUAUGACAAUGAAAAAGACAGUAUGGUCAUAUCAGAAGUAAUUUUGUAAAUUCUGAGCCGACUAGGUACUGUGGCAAAGCUUCCUUUGAAUUCAGUGGAGCUUUGCCUCAGUAAGAGUGGAGUCAGAACUUUGGGAUUUUGCCAUGUGGAAAAACAUGGGGCUAGAUUUUUCAGAUGUGCUGAGCAUCCGCAGCUCACACUGAAGUUGGUAGGAGCUGCAGGUGCUUGGCAUCUUUGCAAAUGAAGUCAAUGAAAUCUUAGUGUUAUGAGAGAAUACCAGUAUUUUCCAAACAUGCCGUUCAUGAUUCACGGAGACUAAAAGCUUUGCACAAAUGCAUUAAAAGUUUGACCUCCACAUUUCAACUUUUGACUUUUUUCAGAAUUGAAUUUGACCUCUCUGCUGUAUCUAUGUCCAGUAGUGAUUUACACACAGCAGACAUUUGUUACUGAAAAUGUAUUUACCAGCAGAAUUCACUCCAGAAUCUGCAAGGCACUGUGUGCCUUGUGUGAGGUGUUCAGCACACUCCACUCAUAUUGAGCACCCUCAACUCCUUGGCUGGGAGUUAAGCGAGCUAUACACCUCAUAGGAGGUAUUCGGCACCUUCCAUGACUGGAUCAUUAAUCUGCAAAUGUGUCUUGUGUAUAAAUAACCUGACUUGCCAGUUUAUAUUCAAUUUUUAAGCAUUGUGAUGGACUGCAUUGAAAUAGUGAAGAAGGAUGCUCCAUUUUCUCAAGUAUGUCUUCUAGUUAACAUAAGUUAAGUUUCCUUCUUUCUUUGCAGUAAGAUUGUGCCAGUGUUUGACCCAGAUCCUGGGUUAUUUAUAGAGGUGAAAUUUACCUCAUUGGAGAGAACCAACUUGAAACCUAUGCGCCAACUCAUUUUACUCUUCAGAAUAUGGCAUAAGGGGGACUUAAAUGGUGUAUAAACCUUGUGCUAAGGCCUCUGUAGGAGGAUGAAUUUCCCUCUUAAACAUUUGAAGAUGCACUAACACAAUAUUGCCUGGGGCUAUAAGGAAUGGGGUUUGUGUAUGCAUCUCCCCUAGGGCAGUGUUUCUCAGCUGGUGUGCUGUCAGGCCUGAACAGGUGUGUCACAGAAUUUUUUGAAAAAACUCCAUGUGAGAACAAAAAACCUUCCCAUGUAUUUUAAUUAGCAUCAGAGCUGGAUUGCAUUCUGUACUUUUGCUGUCUGGGACAAGGCUCCUUUCAAAUAUUAUGCAUGUGUCACAUUCCAUUUCCCAAAGUGAGGUUAAGAUAGCAAAUUUUACUCCUGUGGAAGGGUGGUGGGAACGAAGAAAGAAGGGGGGAAGGCACCUUCUCAUUGGCCAUCUGCCUCACUGCCCUGCCUCUUCCAGAGGCAGAGCAACCAAUCAGAGCUCAAUUUCCCUCCCUCCUCCUGGUCUGGGAGCAACAGGUCAGCUCCUCUGUCCAUCCCACUCCCUGCAGCUGCUACUGGCUGAGUGGGGGGGGGAAGAGCCCCUGGAACCACCCCCGCCCCCAGCCUGCAAGUGGAGUGUGAACCCUGCUGCAGCACUCCAGGGUUGGAAGGGGGGAAGAACCCCAGGAGAA